UUGAUGGUCUACGCGAGAGACGCUCAAAGUUGCGCGCGCGACGACGGACGGCUGGUCGAGACUCGGGACGUCGGUCGAAUUCGUGUAUUCUCGGGAUAUGCACCGUGUAGUCGCUGACAGAUAUCAGCUGUUCUGGUAAAUAAACCAUCGCGUUUCGACGAUGGACGUUCAAGAUGAUGCGUCGGCCCAUCAAACGACCGACGAAGACACCACCGAGUCGGACACCAUCAGCGAGUGCCUGUCGCAACUGAGCGACGUUGACACCAACUGGUAUUACAUGCCAGAUUCUGUACUUCUGAGCAUCUUCCAAUACCUGACGCCGAAGGAGUUGCUUACUGCGGGCGAGGUGUGCAGUUCGUGGCACAGGGUGUCGCGUGACGAGUUCCUGUGGAAAUAUUUAUUUUAUCGAACGUACAAGAUAGAUCCGGACGUAGGCAUAAUGCCAGGAAAAACUUCCUGGUUGGGGGAAUUUAAACGUUUGGCGUAUCAUACUCCAUUGAUAGAAACCGAAGUUCUCAAGGAGCACUCGCAUCAGGUAUUACACGUGAGCUUCUCUCAUAAUGGCAAAAUGUUUGCAACUUGUUCAAAGGACGGAUAUAUUCUUGUAUGGCAAAGUCAAUAUCCUGUUACUAUAAAAUACUUGCAUGAUAUGAAGACGUUUAGCUGGAAGUAUACACAAUUUUCUCAAUUUAAUUGUACAGAUACCUUACUUCUUGUGUCUGGUGUCCACUUUGGCACACCACAUAGCACUUCGGGAGAAAUAGCAGUAUUUAGGGUAGCACCUGGUUUUGACCUACAAUGUAGAGUAGUGAAUAAGCCUUACGACAUAUUUGGUACGUGGUACAGUGAACGUUACCUUUUGAGUGGAAAUCUACAUUGGUUGGCACACUUAGUCAGUACUAGUGUAGUUUGGCUCAAUAAGGCAAAUCAGGAAUCAGCUAGCGAACAUGUGCCUAUUAUGACCCAACUCUUUAGAUUCUAUAAUGGAAAUGCUUCCUCGAUUAGAGCAAUUAUGGUUGCAAAUUGUCUGGCACCUGCACCAGCUGAAUCUACAGAAGAACAAAAUCAGCCGUCCUCAUCGAACACAAAAGAAGAAAGAGGAAAUCCACCGAGUCAUAAGGAUUUGAUGUCAACGUCGAGCGAGCCCGACAACUCGCAAGAGCAAGAAGAACCAGAAGUACUACAUCAUGCAUCAUCAAGAUUACAAUACAGUAAAUUAGAGGGAGGAUUUGCAAAUUGGAGAAAACUUGGUGAUGGUUUUGAAUAUGCUAGUCCUAUACAGUACAAUCAGGAGUAUAGACAGGUCGAGAUGCAGAAGAAUAUAUACGAGAGUGACAGCGAAAUUGAGAAUCUACAAUGGGAAGAGGAGAGCGAGUCUGAAGACUCCUCGAUAAUCGAAGAAUGUGGUACAGAUGAGCUGGCUAAUAAUCCAGAAAAGUUUCUUAUCUUCACUACCGGCUCAAAAACGUACACUCCGCAUAAAGUUGGUUUCAAGAGAAUUAAAUUGGUCAGUUUCCCAAGAAGAUUAGAUCCGGGACCGUCAUUACGCGAGAGGAUAGCUCAGCGGGAGAGAGAGCGAGAGAGACAGAAUACGCCGUCGGCGGAAGAUUGGUUAAAUUACGAAGCUGUGGCGGACAAAUUCGAUAAAAUAGAUCACCUGAUCGAUCUUCACGGUCAUAUCAUCGGAAUGGGACUUUCUCCCGAUCAUAGAUAUCUUUACGUAAACACGAGGCCGUGGCCAAAGGGUUACGUUAUUACGAAUCCUUUGCAACCGCCGCCAAUAGCUCAAGAAAUCGACAUACAUGUGAUCGAUUUGGUAACGCUAAAGCAAGUUGGCACAAUGUUACGAGCACACAAAGCGUACACGCCUAAUAACGAAUGUUUCUUUAUAUUUUUGGACGUAUGUAACGAAUACGUAGCGAGUGGUGCGGAAGACAAGCACGGUUACUUGUGGGAUAGGCAUUACGGGAUCUGCUUAGCAAAAUUUCCUCACACCGAUGUAGUCAAUUCCGUAGCUUUUAAUCCACGCGAUCCUGAAAUGUUAGUUACAACCAGUGAUGACUAUACGGUUAAGAUAUGGCGAAGUCGAGCUAUGGUGAAGUCUUUAGGUUUGGAUGAAAAUAACUAUCGUAGAGGGAUGGAGGUAAGAAAGAGGCGCAAAUUUCAGAAAAGCAGUAAUAACGUUGACUGACUAAAAACUAUUAAGUUCCCGAUUUAAACACAAUUUAUUUUUACAAGAUCUUAGAUAUAUAUUUUUCACUUAAGUUUGUACUAUACAAACAAGUUCUAGAAUCUAGAAUAUUGUGUAAAAGCACAAACAUAGAAUCUAUUUUUUGAUUCUCUUGAGAUUUAUACAAAUGCACAUACGGAAUUUUAUUUUGAUUUCUAUUUUUUUUUUUUUUUAUUUCCAAAAUUCUUAGAAGGAACAUAGAACAAAUAUUUUCCCAUCUGACUCUAUUUUGAUCUAGCUGUUUUACUUUUUCUUCUCCCCAAUGUUUUUCCCUAUCUCUCUUCUGCGCGUACAACCAACAUAUAUAUAUAUCUCACUAGAUAUACAUAUAUGAACACUAAAAGAAGUGUUAAAAGAUUGUUAUUGCAAAGGAUAUCACAAAAAAUUUACUGUUAUCGUGUCCAUUGUUAUUCUAAAUUAGAUAAAAAUAGUUAACAAGAA